GACGCUGCUUUGGCUGCUGGUGGAGCUGAGAGACGGAGCGCCGGCGACUCGCUGUCUGUGCCCGGGUUCGGGUUCGGGUUCGAGUUCGAGUUCGGCUUCGGGGGAAGCGAGCUCUUUGGCCUGUCUCAGUCAGUCCCGUGUGUGUGCGUGCGUGUGUGUGUACCUGAAUGUGCAUGUGUGUGUGGCCCUGUUUGUGGGCUGGGAUGGACGAUAACCUCGUGUACCAUGGUAACAUAAGCAAGCAGAAGUGCGAGGAGCUGCUCUCCAAGAUGGGGAAAGAGGGGGCCUAUCUGAUCCGGGACAGCGAGACCAUCCAGGGGGCUCUGUGCCUCUGCGUGUACAAGCAGAAGGUUGUGUACACCUACCGCAUCCUUCAGACCCAUGGCGGGAACUACACCUUGCAGGCCUCUUCCGGUGUGGAGGAGAAGUUCUUCGAGACGCUUCCAGACUUGAUCAAGAACUACAAGAGGCGAAACCAGGGCCUGGCGACCCGACUGCGCUACUCUGUGAAACGGCAGAAAGACCUGGAGACGGACAGCGUCUCCGAUGAGCAGCUGGACUAUGAGAAUUUAGAGGAGCAGUCCGAUUACGUGGAAGUCCUGCCCUCCUGA